AUGCACGGAAAAUUUGAGAUGUCUAUGAUGGGAAAGCUGAACUACUUUGUUGGAUUACAAAUCAAGAAAUUAAAAGAUGGCAUCUUCAUCAACCAAUCCAAGCAUUGCAAAGAAUUAUUGAAAAGAUUUGACAUGGAUAAUUGUAAAACAAUGUUUACUCCUAUGGGAUCUGGUACAUAUGUGGAUCAAGAUGAAUCUCGUGUCUCUAUUAAUAUUAUAAUAUAUCGAGGUAUGAUUGGUUCACUAUUAUAUUUGACGACAAGUCGUCCUGACAUAACAUUUAGUGCUUUUGUGUGUGCCCUCUUUCAAGCAAACCCGAAGGAAUCUCAUGUCACUGUGGUAAAAAGAAUCAUGAAAUAUCUGAAGGGAACAAUGAACGUCGGUCUAUGGUAUCCAAAAGGUAGUGUAUGUGAUUUACUUGGUUAUUCUGACGCGGACUAUGCAGGUUGCAAAACCAAUCGCAAAAAUAAAAGUGGAACUUGUCACAUCUUAGGAAAUGCUUUAGUAUCAUGGUCAUGCAAGAAAUAA